AACAGCAGCCUUGUUUCAAUAUGGACUGUGCACAUGAAAUUGGUUUCAACUCAACAUCGUGUGAUGAUCCAAAUCUCAACGACUGUACUUACGUAUUAGGACUGUGCACAUGAAAUUGGUUUCAACUCAACAUCGUGUGAUGAUCCAAAUCUCAACGACUGUACUUACGUAUCAGGACUGAAGGUAACUACGUCAGUGAUGAUGGCAUCAGUAAUGUACAUAUAUGAUAGUUUUGGUAUUUUGGUAUGGUACAUAUAAUAUUGUCGUCCGCUAAAACAAAAGUUCAAUAUUUCAUCCAGAACUCCCACUAUAAUAACUUCAAUCCAAAACAUUUCUGUUUCACAAUAAAUAUCAACUCUGUCCUCUCUCUGCUUGCUCUCUAGGAUUGAGAUAGAGAGAUAGAGAUAGAGAGAGAGAGAUAUAUGGAGAAUUCUACUGCUUACGAACCUCUUAUCUCAAACAGAGAUGAAGCUGGAGAAGUAGUAUUGAACAGCCGUCAAGAAAGUUCAUUUGGUUCAUCAUUUGUACAAGAAGAUGAUAUUUUACCCAUACAAGGAGCAGGAGAUUUCUUUAGAGAAUUCUCUGUCGAAUCCAAGAAACUAUGGCUUUUAGCUGGUCCUGCUGUAUUCACAUCCAUAUGCCAGUACACACUUGGAGCUAUAACUCAAGUUUUCGCCGGUCAAGUCGGUACGCUAGAACUCGCUGCUUUCUCUGUAGAAAACUCUGUCAUCGCCGGAUUCUCUUUCGGCAUCAUGAUGGGAAUGGGAAGUGCCUUAGAAACCCUGUGCGGUCAGGCAUAUGGUGCCGGCCAACAAGACAUGUUGGGGAUCUACAUGCAAAGAUCAUGGGUCAUACUCAACGCAACGUCAAUCAUCUUGAUGUUCCUCUACGUGUUUGCGGAACCGCUUUUGAAAUUGAUCGGACAAGAUACGAAAAUUGCAGAAGCAGCUGGCGUUUUCGCAAUAUAUAUGAUACCGCAGUUGUUCGCGUAUUCGAUGAAUUUUCCGAUAGCCAAGUUCUUGCAAGCACAGAGCAAGAUCAUGGUGAUGGCUAUGAUAUCAUUUGUGGUUCUAAUUCUCCACACCGUACUAAGUUGGGUCGUGAUGUUGAAACUUGGAUGGGGACUUGUUGGGGCAGCUGUGGUUUUGAAUGCGUCUUGGUGGCUAAUUGUUGUGGGCCAGUUAUUGUACAUUUUUAGUGGAACUUGUGGUCGAGCUUGGUCUGGAUUUUCAUGGAAGGCUUUUCAGAAUUUAUGGGGAUUUGUCAAGUUAUCACUUGCAUCCGCCGUAAUGCUCUGUUUGGAGGUCUGGUACUAUAUGGCUUUGAUUCUAUUUGCCGGAUAUCUGAAGAAUCCUGAAGUUGCAGUUGAUGCCCUCUCCACUUGUAUGAACAUAUUGGGUUGGGCAGUAAUGGUGGCUUUCGGAUUCAAUGCAGCUACCAGUGUGAGGGUGUCUAAUGAACUUGGAGCAGGUCAUCCAAGAACCGCGAAAUUUUCAGUAAUAGUCGUUGUUCUAAGUUCGUUCGUUUUGGGAUUGAUCAUGGCCUUGGUUCUUAUCGCUACUCGGAAAAUCUACCCAUCGGCAUUUACAAACAGUGUUGAGGUACAGGAACUCAUUUACAUUCUCACCCCAUUGCUAGCUUUCUCCAUCAUCAUCAACAACGUGCAGCCGGUCCUUUCAGGUGUGGCAAUAGGAGCAGGAUGGCAAGCUCUAGUUGCUUAUGUAAACAUUGGGUGUUACUAUCUUUUUGGAAUUCCUUUGGGUCUCAUUUUCGGUUACAAGCUUGAUUUCGGCGUCCAGGGGAUUUGGUGUGGAAUGCUUUUAGGGACUAUACUGCAAACUGGUAUCCUCUUUGGAAUGACUUACAUGACGAACUGGAACAAAGAGGCUUCUAUUGCAGGCGACAGGAUUAGAAAAUGGGGUGGAGAACCCGAUGCAGAUGAGAAAAAAACAUCCGGUUUGAUUUUACCACCAAUGUAGUUCCCAAAUGCCUUGUAAGGUCUUGGGGGUGCCCCAUAUGGUCGAAACUCGUCAGCAAUUUGUCGAAAAAUGGUGUUGCGGCUAAGGAACCAAAGUCGAGCACUUUUAAGAUUCAUUUCAGGACUAAAAAUGUGUUAUAAUAAUUACUUUCAAUGACUACUUUUUUGCAGAGAUUAUUUAAAUGUCAAGGAUAUGAUUCAUGGUCCUGAAUAUAAUAAUUUCAAUUACUUUUGCAGACAAUUUCUGCCUCUAUCCCCAA